AUUACUAAAAGAGAAUAAAAAUACACGUAAGCCUUAAAAGGAAUUCAGGUUGGUUCCCAAGCACAGCUGUUCACUGCGCGUCGUCGCCAUUGUUAUUCGCUGUCUCUUUUUGAUCGCGUCCUCGCUGCCGCUCCCCUCUGCCCCUCCUUUCAACCAGUUUCGCUCGAUUUUUGUGACGCGUGGACGUCUGUACGCGACGCGGAUAAAUAUUUUACGGUCUCAUCCUUUGUCCAGGAAGAAGCGAACUCCACAUCAAGUCACAACCGCACUGAAACUCCUCGCUCAAACGUGAAAUAACUGGUGUAAUCUACAGGUGUCUCGACGUUCCGUGUGUUGUUUAGUGAUCCCGCAUAGUCAAUCGAGCAUGAAUAAUAAAGAAGUAACCGGUGAUAUUGUCGUGUGUCCACUGGGAGGCGAGGUCUGGUGAUCGGGCGCAGUGUCGAGGUCGUGGGGUUCGCCGUGUGAUGAGUCUGCGGUGACGGCUCGCCGCUGAGCGGUUGGAUGGCGGCUGUAAGCGGCCCCGCGCGGCACUCUCGCGUCUCCAUGAGUGUGUCCAUGUCGCUGAUGCAGGGCGGUACGCAGAGCGCGCCGCAGGGCGCCAUCCUGGCGGCAGCGGCGCCCUACUACCAGACGCCGGCCAUCCCGACAGACGUGCAACCCGACCGCCCAAUUGGCUAUGGCGCCUUCGGUGUUGUAUGGGCGGUAACAGACCCUCGCGAUGGCCGGCGCGUGGCACUCAAGAAACUGCCCAAUGUGUUCCAGUCGCUAGUCUCCUCCAAACGCGUCUUCCGAGAGCUCAAGAUGCUCUGCUUCUUCAAACACGAAAACGUCUUAUCAGCGUUAGACAUCCUACAGCCGCCUAGCCUCGACUUCUUCCAGGAAAUUUACGUGAUCACAGAGCUGCUUCAGAGCGACCUGCACAAAAUCAUCGUGUCUCCACAACACUUGUCCGCCGACCACAUCAAAGUCUUCCUCUACCAGAUAUUAAGAGGUCUGAAAUACUUGCACUCAGCACGCAUCCUUCACCGGGACAUCAAACCAGGGAACUUACUCGUCAACAGCAACUGUGUACUCAAGAUCUGCGACUUCGGAUUGGCCAGGGUUGAGGAGCCGGACGCCAGCAAGAACAUGACGCAGGAGGUCGUUACGCAGUAUUAUAGAGCACCAGAAAUCCUGAUGGGCGCGAAUCACUACACGGCAGCAGUGGACGUCUGGUCAGUGGGCUGCAUAUUCGGUGAACUGCUGGGCAGAAGGAUCCUCUUCCAGGCGCAGAGUCCGGUACAACAGCUGGAGUUGAUAACAGAACUGCUGGGUACGCCGUCGCUGGAAGACAUGCGGCACGCGUGCGCGGGGGCCCGGGCACACAUGCUGCGUCGAGCACCGCGCCCGCCGGCACUCGCCGCGCUCUAUACGCUGUCCGUGCAAGCCACGCAUGAGGCCGUGCAUCUACUCGCACAGAUGCUAGUGUUCGACCCAGCAAAGCGCAUCUCUGUAGUGGACGCUUUGGCACACCCAUACCUGGAGGAGGGGCGGCUGCGCUACCACUCGUGCAUGUGCAAGUGCUGCUACUCGGCGCCGGCGGCGGCGCGGCACUACUCGCCCGACCUGGAGCCCGCCGCGCCGCACGCCUUCCACGACGCCUGGGAGAGGAAGCUCACCUCCGUGCAUCAGGUUAAAGAGGAGAUACACAAGUUCAUAGCGGAACAACUGCAGACGUCACGCGUGCCGCUGUGCAUCAACCCCCAGUCGGCGGCGUUCAAGAGCUUCGCAAGCUCCACAGUGGCGCAUCCCUCCGAGCUGCCGCCCUCGCCGCACCACUGGGAAUGACGCCCCGCCCUGCACAGGACACAGCGCCCUAUCCCUGUGGAGUAAGGCUCAUUGUCCCGCGGCACCGGACCACUGCAGCAGCUACCUACUGCAUAUUCGACGCUAUUCACUGUGGACUAAGGCACAUUGUCCAAUGACGCUGCAGAUGCGACCGCACGCGAUAUCCGACGCACUUCCCGUGGAGUAAGGCAUAUACUGCAUUGAAGGAAGGCCAGCAUAUCGCUGCUGUAUGACGGCCGUUCCCAAUAUUCUAUCUAUCUGUGGUUUCGCUUACUAGAGAUAGGAAUUUCACUUUACUUGUGUCGGGCUAAUGUCAGAAUUCUAUCUAGAGAUUUGUAGAAGACCUAUCUCGAGUAUGCAUACCAUGGAUAGAUAGAGUAUUGGGAACAGCUGUAGAUUAGUUGACGGUUGUCGAAGGUCGAUUUUGGAACGGUGUGCUUUGAACUCGUACGUUUCUUGUCACCUUUAUGUUCAUAUACUUAAGGUUGAAUGUUGUAACUUUAUGAAAUUUUAUUGUAAAGAACAAAAUUUUGAGUGAUUUUUGGUUUCUGAUAUACUCAUCGCCCUAAUCUGCUUUAAAUAUAAUUGUAAUAAUUGUAAUUAGUAGAUGUUAUUCAGUAGUUAUAUUUAAAUAUAAAUAAAAGGUGAUGAUUAUUACUUAAAAUUAAACGUGAAUAUUUCAAAAACCAAAAAUUGACCAUUAUACACACAUCAUCUGCCAUUUAUCCUUAUUUAUAUUAAAAUGUUAUUUUGUAUCCAUGAGGAUAAAUUGGCAGCUUAUUAUAAACCAUAUUUUUGUCUGUAUUAAUUUUAGAUUUAAAUGAUUUAUACGGGAAAAAUAACAUAAGAGUUCAUCUAAACACAGAGUUUAGAUAUGUAAACUGGAAUUUCUAUUGUAAACAUUGAAAAAAUAAACCUCGUUGAUAUUCAGUCAAAAUCGACCUUUAUCACCGAGAGCAUAGAGUUGUAAGUCCAGUUGAAGUCUACACGUCACAUAAGUCGGGUCUCUUGUAAAACCGCCUUGUUUUGCUUUUAUUUGACUUUACUAUGAAUGUAUUAAAUUUGGAUUGUAUAAAUACCGCAUCAUACCUCAUCGCUGUAACUAGAAGGCAUUAAUAUUACGCGCAUUGUUGUAUUAUGUAUACGUUGUGGAGAAAUCUUACAAUUUAUGGGUAGAUAGGCUUAUAAAAAGUCUUAUUAAAUUUAAAAUAAAUAUAAGCAAAAUUGGCUAAUAAAAAAGCUACAGAAAUGCUUUCAUAAUAAAAAAAAAGAAAGUAAAAUAUAAAAUUUGCAAUCAAGUCCAGCUACCCUAUUCCAAAAUGCAUUUCAAGUGUCUCCACAAAGCGCAUUUGUCGUAAGCAAAGCAAAACAGCGGAUUCGCGACUACACUACCAAAAAUUAUUCAUUUCUGAUAUUUACUUGUAACGUAGCGUGUAGCUAAUGUGUGUAGAAUAAUAUAGAUGGCUGGUUUAUUGUGAAUAUUAUCGAUAAGGAAAAGCAAAGGAUUGGAAAGGAUACAAAAUGUUGAUGGCCACAAAAUUUUAUACAACGAAUUGUGACGCCUUCGCGGCUGAGAAACUGCCACAAAGUAAUAACGACGUAUGUAGUCUUGAUUGAGAAUGACGAUACGCCAUUGUUACUUGUGACGGUAGAGUAGGUAGGGGAUCUUAUCGAGAUUGAAGGGAAAGAUAUUUGUCGGAAAGGAGUGGUAUAAGAUGGGAGGCGGCCAGGUCACCGACCCGCCGCCUCGGCUCGAUAUAUACAGCAAAGAGAAGCUUCACGUAGAAUUAGGUUAUGUUUCAUUUAUCUCCGCGAUUCCAUGUAAUUGUAAGUGUGACGUAGUGUCAAUGUGUGCCUGAUUGUGUUUCGUACGGACGUUGCAAGCAAUAAUUGUUGCAAUAUUAUAUACUGCGUAUUGACAUUUUAAUUUUAUGACUACGGAUUUAUUGAUUUAUAUGUGUUCUCUUUUAAUCUCCUUUGUGGGAUGGCUACAGACGACAGUUUUACACUUACCUAAUGCAGAGUUCAGUUGAGUGCCAACAAGAAUCUCGAACAAGCUGUCGUGUGUAGACGUCCUAGCGUGUAUUAUAAUUACUAAGCUUAAUCCUAAACACCAUUGUAUGUAACAUCGACUGAACAUUUUUACGUAGUUAGGUUAGAAUAGUACUAGAUAUAUUAAACUACUAAUUUACUCGAUGCAAUGAAUAUAAAUAGUAAAUAAAUUAAUGUAUGAGUAAUAUUCACAUACUAUCAUUGCAGUAGUGAGAUAUUUUAUAGCGAAGUGUUUGUAAAUGUAAUAAAUACAUGUGUAUUUCACGCAUUUAAUAGUUAUAUUAGAGGUUUGAUUAUUGUACUGGGAUGUGUUAGUGUGCGUGAGUCUUACGUCAUUUUGUCUAAUUAUUGGCAAUGAUAAUCUUAUAUGUACACUACGUGGUGGGCUUGCAAGCAUUCAUUUUCUGAAAAUAUGGUCGGUAUAUAUCUAAUUCACAGUGUUGCAGUAACACACGCAAUGUCUGUUUGCAUGUCCAUCACGUAAACUCCAAAAUUGAUGUUUCAAUUUUAGUUUUAAAGUAGUAUCACUACUGUAUCACGCUGCUAACAUAUAAUCUAGCAUAGGGAGACUUUGUGUGAAUGUCGCCAGACGUCGUAGCCUUAAAACUAGUUCAAAACUAUAUAAAAGAUUAAAACAUAAAAAAACGUUGUAAAUAAAUGCAUAGUAAUAAUGUUAGUCUAGUACGGUACGGGAUGUAAACCGAUGUAGCAAGCCCAUGAAUUGUAGGUCCUUGUUCGAACCGCUGCUUGACUCGUAAGAUUAAAAGCCUUUGUUCUAUAGACGGUAGACAGAUAUUAGUGACAUAUUUACAGUUUUUGCGUUGGUUGUUAGUGAGAAUUGUACAUAGUUCAGGGGUCUGGCAGCGGAUUGAAUGAGACUUUGAUGGUACAAAGGAGGCGAGCUCGAUGUUGUUGGGUUUUAGCUGCCGUCUACUCUGAUGGUCUUUCCGAUAUUUGGGUGGUUGUUACAAAGUAUUUUACUUAAUGACUCAUUAUAAGGAAAUUAACAGCUGUGUAAACCAACUUCAUGGGAACGUCCAUAGACAAAACAAUUUUGAUUCAACAACCUACAUGGUUCACUAAACUUUGUCACUCAUAACUUCUUGUAACCUCACUCUGAACCAGUAGGUGACAGCUAAAACCAUACAAGCGAGUCCCGACAGACCCACCUUGCCUUAACUCAAUAACUGUCACUGUGAUCCGUUACGCGUAGAUAUUGAAACCCCGCACCCCUCACACUCUGUGUACUGUACAUAAUAAACGAGUGCUCGUUAAGUAAAUAUCGUCAUUGGUUUAUUAGAAAUUUGCUUAAUUAUAUAAAAAUGCUGUAUACUACGUGUCCUCCGAUGUGAAAAGACGUUUGAUUGUAUGUAAAUAGGGAUAUAAUAAGUAGAAGAAUAUUGUUAGGUUGGGGUGUUCAGUUGUGAGCGGAAGAAAUAAUUGUAAAAAAAAUAAACUGACAAUGAGUCGUACUUUGAUUUUGAUGACAAAUAAUGUCAUUUUAAAGGAAUAAUUUGAAAAAAACUGAUACACUUAACGCAGUUGAAAAAUUGGUUAAAUACAUCAGUUGCGCUCAUCUUGAUCAAUCAGGUUGAUCGACUUUUUAAUUUGCAAAAAUGAUUGGCAAUUACCACGUGUAAUCAAAAUUAACAUACAAUUAUACCUACCUCAUAAAUAAAAAAAAAACUAGAGGUAAAGAAUUCAAACAAUGACAGUGAAUUUCGUUCGCGCGGCUGUCACCCCGGCGGAGGAUAUGGGCGGCUCAGUAUUGCGGCGCCCUAACGAACACGCUUCUUACUUUAUGUAAUUGUACGUAUUGCGUUUCCAGACUUUCAGAGAUCUCGUAUUAUUUUAAGUUUUAAGUACACGACUGUUCAUUUUACACACAAGUGAUCUUUAGUUGGUAGGACGUCACGUUUGUAUUGUACUAGUUCCCUGCGGCCAGUCAGCCAGGCUUUCUGUUCAUGUUAACUGAUCGCACACUCGAGCGUCCCCCCGCGGAUGUUCACUUUCUUUAUGUUUUGUGUAAAUAUUAGCGGUAAUGCGGUAAGACUCUUAGGUUUGUGUUAACAAUUAGAUCGCCUCUGUUCUUAGUUUGUGUUCAGUAAUCCCACAUUAAUUUUGUAUAAUAAUUUCCACAAUUAUAUAAAAAAGUAAAAAAAAAAAUACAAAAUAUGAGAAAAUGAAUUUGUAUUCUUCGUUUUAAUGAUUUUAUUAUUAUGACAUUUUGAUUUAAUUACUAUUAUUACCAGUCGUAAUGUAAAUAGAUACUUUGUGCACUGAUAGUCGUGUUUAAGUUAACUUUAGAUAUUAAUAUCAAAUGGCUGUAUCGAUUCUGUUUAUGUAAAGCCCAAGACACAACGUUCACUAUAAGACUUAGUAGAGAUGUUUCCUUUGCGGUAUUGUCCUUCAUCAUUUUGUAAUGUAUAGAAUGGUUUAGUUAACAAUACAUGUCACGACGGAUAUUUAAGUGUUUGUGAUUUAUUUUUCACGUGUACACAGCAACCCAGAAACUGUCAAUGUAAAUAUAAAUGAUACGUGUUUCUGUCGUGUACGGAGUUAGUUGCAUUUUACCAUUGUUGCGAACUGCCAAAACUAUUGUAAUAAUUUUGUAGCGUUUUACGUAUUACACCACAUGGGCAACACGAUGUAAUUCAAUGAAACAUUAGAAAUGGAGCGAUGGAAAUUUUGAAAGGAUUCUUAUUUUAAUGAUUUUUUCUGUGAGUUUUAUAGUUAGCCCUGUUUGCUCAAAUUGCUAAACAUACGCGUAUACUCAUCUUAAUAUAAAAAGUCAUAAUUUCUGUCGAUGUUUCUAAGUUUAUCCUAAUUUUAGCUUAGUUUGAUUUGUACUUGAAUUGUAGGCAUUAAAGUUAGAUGUAUCUGCCUGUGUGGUGUAUAUCGUACGCGUAGCUCGCGAGCCGGGUAGCGACCGAGGCCGGCCAAGCGACACUGUGUAACAAUAAACUACUGCAUAAUUAUA